AUGAAGGGCGUCGACACCCACAAGCGCCAGAUCAACCGGCUCAAGCAGAAGCGGUUCCGGGAGCGGUCGAUCACCGAGCGGGCUGCGCUGCAGACCGAGGUCUAUCAGCUGCGCAACGCCCUCCGGGCGCUGCAGAAGCGCCGGACAAAGGUACCACGGGCGCCAACGACGGCGCUGCAGCCGCUCUGUGCCCAGCUCGCGUCCUGGGUCGCCUCGUCGGUCGAGGGCUAUCGCGGCGUGACGCUUGUCGCUGACGCGGUCGGGCGAAAGGUCGGUCUUGACUGGUUCAGCCAGCACCUCUACCACAACACGGAGCGCUUGCUGCAGACUUGUGCUUUCCCGCACGAUGGCAGCGCAGUGGCCGAGCCGAUUCGUGUGUGGGAGACAAGCGCGUCGCUGGAGCUGCUCGUAUGCCACCAGCACGACUUCAAGAAAUCGCUCGAGGCGACAUACGAGUCUCUUCACGACACGAUUUGGGCGCACCUCCGCGGCGACACGGCUGCCAACGUCUCCGAGUUCCUCAACACUGAGGUACGCAUCUUCGUAUACAUCAACCAAGUACCGACAAUCGCAUGGAGUAGAUGACGAACGCCAUCGCUGCCAAAAUGGUGUACCGACGCAGUGUUCUUUUGCUCAACGAACAAACCUGUUAUGUGAGUCGCGAAUUCCGCUGCCACAACC